AUGUUGCUUAAAAAUAGUGUUGUUUUAUUUACACUCUUAAAUGAAGUUUAUUGCUGGCCAAUACAAGGUGUAUUUGAUUCUAUAACAAAGCAUGCAGGUUUUAAUGAUGGUGGUGGUGAUACAUUUCGAAAUUUGAAUUUAGGGUCUGUUAAUUUUAUACAUACAACUGAUACUCAUGGUUGGUUAGGGUCCCAUUUAACACAAAAAAAUUAUGAUGCUGAUUGGGGGGAUUUUAUAACAUUUAUUGAUCUAUUCAAGUCAAAGAGGUUAUUGGAAGAUCAAGAUCUGAUUGUAAUAGAUACCGGGGACAAAGAGGAUGGCAAUGGCUUGAGUGAUGCCUCUUUUCCCAGAGCAAUUAACAGCAGUAGGAUAUUUAAUGAAUUAGAUUAUGAUCUGCUGACAUUAGGAAACCAUGAGCUAUAUAAUGGAGCUAUUACAACACAAGAGUAUAAAUAUACAGCGAUGUCAAAUAAAUUCAAAGAUAAAUAUGUUUCUAGUAAUGUUGAAUAUAUCAAUGAUUCAGGUGAAGCAGUACCUUUUGGGAAAAAGUUUGUCUAUUUCGAAACCCAAAAUUCAAAGACACGUAUUUUGUCUUUAUCAUUUUUGUUUGACUUUAAUGUCUCAAAUGAGAGAGUUAAAGUGACACCUGCCCUUGAAGAAGUUAAGGAGAGUGAAUGGUUUAAAAAAAUGACCGAACAAUAUAGUGAGGAUUCUAUAGAUAUGUUACUAGUUUUUGGGCAUAUUCCAAUGACUGAUCAUCAGAAUAAGGAAAUCAAUAAGUUACAUGAAUUUUUAAGGUCGAAAUAUCCAAACAUAGUCAUUCAAUAUUUUGGAGGCCACUCGCAUAUUCGUGAUUUUGUUCAACUAGAUACUAAAGCCACAGGUUUGCAAAGUGGAAGAUUUGCAGAAACGGUUGGCUUUCUUUCAAUAAAUGAUCUCAAAACUGAGAAACCAAAGUUCUUCAGAAGGUACAUAGAUUUUAGCAAAGCCUCUUUUUGUCAUCAUCUGCAUCUCGAUGAUGCAGAAUUGUUCUAUACCAAAAAAGGUAAACAGAUAUCGGCUAUGAUACAAGAUAUUGCUGAUGAACUGGAAUUGACAGAAGUAUAUGGGCAUGUGCCACAAAAUUAUUACUUUUCAACAAGACCUGUUAAUGCAAAUGACAGUAUUUAUCAUCUUCUGACAUCGACUAUUCUCCCAAGAUUGAACACGACUUUGAGUGAUGCUAGAGUUGGAAGAUAUAUUAUGAUUAAUAGUGGAUCAGUUAGAUAUGAUAUGUUUAAAGGGGAUUUCACUAAAAAUACUGAAUAUAUCGUAUCUCCUUUUGAUAAUAAUUGGGAGUAUAUAAAAAUUCCAAAUAAAAUAGCAUCAAAGAUUGCAGCAUAUCUUAAUGGAGAUAACUAUAUUAUAACUUUGGGUCAACCGCAUAUGAUCUCUAAGUCGUUCGUCAAAACUGAUUCAGUUAAUGAUAAAGGUAAUUGCCCUUCUAUUGCUUUGCCAUUUUUAACGGAAGGAUACACAACGUCAGAUGACUUUGGGUGUGAUGGUGAUGAUAGACUUCACAAUAGUCAACGAGAAUAUAAAAUUCCUAAUGUAGUUCAAAGUACUGAAAAUUUACAGUUCGCUCAAGAUGAUGAUAUAGUGCAUUUCGUAUUUUACAAUUUUAUGCAAAGGAAUAUCAUUGACGCAGUUAAUUGGAUAAUACAAAUUAAUAAGUAUAAAGAUAAAAUAAUCAGUAGUGACAACGUCAAAAAAUAUGGGGGUUCAUCUGUAAAACUUCUACUACGAGAAUACAUUCAAGAAAUUAGUAUGUAA